CGUCGGUUUCCCUUUGUUUUUGGACCGCUGGGAUGGAGAAACGCAACUUUCACAUUCGUGUUCAAUGUAACCUUGACUGAUGUACAAUCAACCACUGAAUCCUUGAGACUGAAAUUCUUUGCUUACAGCUCUGUCUUUUUCCACUCAAGAUGAAACUGAGUGGGGGAGCAGAAGAGUGUGGAUUAUGAAGCAGCAGGUGUUUUUGAUGGAACAACAGCGCCCCCAGCGGCUGACAGCUGAAUGACAUCUGGGGUGCAGUAACGGGACAGCAGGUUGGACCACCAGACCUCCACUGAAACGAUGAGAACCAAAGGCUUAUCCAGCAUUUCAGACACAAUUUAACCUUUUUCCAGAGAAAAAAGGACUCGGCUUUCUCUCACAACCUCAGGGAUUUUUCGCUUUUUCUUGAAUGUUAACAGCCUAUCCCGUCAGUCAUAAAGCGCCGGCUUUUUGUUCCCAUCCGACAUGGCGAUCGCGCACGUCGCCACCGAAUACGUGUUUUCCGACUUUUUAUUAAAAGAUCCCACAGAGACGAAGUACAAAGGAAUCCGUCUGGAGCUGGCCGUGGACAAAAUAGUCACGUUUCUGGCCGUGGGGCUGCCUUUGUUUCUCAUCUCGCUGGCUUUCGCUCAGGAGGUGUCAGUAGGUACCCAGAUCAGCUGUUUCGCUCCCACUAACUUCUCCUGGAGACAGGCUGCGUACGUCGACUCCUUCUGUUGGGCAGCAGUGCAGCAACAAGCCAACAGUUCUCCGCUGUGGCUGCACAAGUUCUUCCCGUACAUCCUGCUGCUCCUGGCCAUCCUCUUGUACAUCCCUGCCUUGUUCUGGCGCUUCACGGCGGCGCCACACCUCUCCUCCGACCUCAGCUUCAUCAUGGAGGAGCUGGACCGCUUCUAUAAUCGAGCCAUCAAACUGGCCAAAAACCUGGCAGUUUUAGACAGCAGGGACACACCGGAGGACACCCAGAGUGCUUUGGAGCUGACUGAGAGCUGCUUUAAAUACCCUCUCGUUGAACAGUACCUGAAGACCAAGCGCUUGUCUCACAGACUUGUGGUUAAAUACCUGGCGUGCCGGGUCCUCACCCUGCUGAUCCUCCUGCUGGCGUGCAUCUACCUGGGCUACUACAUCGGACUGGCUUCCCUCACCGACGAGUUUCCCUGCGACCUGCAGACCGGCGUGCUGAGGAACGACAGCGCGGUGCCGUCCGCCGUCCAGUGUAAGCUGGUGGCAGUGGGCGUCUUCAGGCUGCUCAGCUUCAUUAACCUGGCCGUGUACGUGCUCCUCGCUCCGCUGGUGGUGUAUGCGGCUCUUGGCCCGGCACGGCAGAGCUCCGGCUUCCUCCGGCCUUACGAGAUGCUCCCGGGAUUUGGUGCUCUGGGUGUGGUCACGCCUUUCUACAACGACCUCAGUAUCUACCUGCUGUUUCUGCACGAGAACCUGAGUCAACUCAAGUCCUAUAAGUGCCUACAGGUGCUUGAGUUGUUGCAAGAGGCUGGUGAAGAAGGCUUUGACACCAUGUGCCUCCAGCGAACUCUGGGACAGGUAAAAACCGAUGUUUUAGACAGUAAGAAGACAUGCGCAAACAAAACCCAGAAAGAAACAUGCAAAUGUGAAGAUUAAUCAUCUAAAAGCAGGUCAAGCUGCUUCAGUUGUGGAUGGAUUGACCUGCAGAACAUCAGAAAUGCUGCAAUGGAAAAGAAGUGAAAACCUGGUGCACUUAUUUUUAUCUGAACCACUUUUGGUUUAGUCAUUUAAAUCCAGCGUGUUCUACUUGAACAAUAGAGCAGGUCGACAAUGAGUAACACAGUUGGUAGUUUAAUCAAAUAGCAGUGAUACGUGAUACCUCUGAAUAUACCACUUACAGCUGAGAUGAUUCUUUGAGUUUAAGCCAAGAACUUUUACUGAGGAAAUGUCUUUCAUUCUCUUUUUAAUGUUACACACAUUUUUUGCAAGCUCAAAAUUGCCUUCCCAAAGUAAGCCAUAUACUUCAUCUAUUAAAACAUUGUUCCACGCGAGUAAAUCUGCAUCAACAUAAUCUUAAAAUGAAAACUCUGCAAACUGAAGACAGUCUGUACUGCAUAAAUGUAAGUUUGCUGUGCAGCUUAUUGUUUUGCAUAUACCACAGUGUGCACUUCGAUAUUGGAACUCCUCAUUAUGCAUGAAAGAUGAAUGAGCAUUAUCUACAUUUCUGAGCAUUACUGUUGGAACCUUUCAGAGUUUUGUGUCUGUAUGCCAGAGGUUAUCGAAGUCAGGGAUGAGCCUUCUCUGCUGGGGACAGUUACUUUAAGUGUGAAACUCAAAAAACAUAGUUUAAUAGUGUUCAAACUUAUUAGGAUUGAGACAUUUAGUGAGACAUUUAGUGAGAACAGUUUGAGCAUUUUUUUUUUUAUUAUUUUUUUUUUAACCAAACCUGGCUUAAAAACAUCUGUUAUGUACAGUUAGAAUAUGGCUUCGAAUUUCUGAAUUCAUCAAUAUUUACAUAUCAACAUCGCAACAGUAUGGUUGAUGUAUGUUGUGUUUUUCCUUCAUAGUCAUGUGAAUGCAAUAUAAUGCACUUAA